AUGACCGUGCAAGAUGCGACCCAGCCACGGCCUCCCGACGCCGACAUCAUGGCUUCUACCGACACCCAGCCAGAAAGCCCCGUCGCCCAUCCGAAGGCGUCGAGACCUGAUGAAGACGUUACCACCAGGCUCUUCCAGUUCUUGUCCACCGCAACCCCGAAUACACUGUGUGCGAUAGCUGUAGGCCUUGGUGCCGUCACCUACUUCAUCCUCGGGCAACUAGGCUUGCUUCUGAUUGGCGCAUUUGGAGGCAUCGCCUGCUACGUCCAUUGGGAGGCUUCCAACCCGGACUAUGCCCGAGCCGUACAUGGCGAACGAGGUGUCGACAUUGUGGCAAGACUGUUGAGGGAGAGAAAUGGCGCAAAAGGCAUCGACGAGGAUGGGAAGACUGCAGCAGAGGAUGAGGACCAGUUCCUGGCACAGAGUUUCGCCGACUUCCAGCCUGAGACCAGGGAGGCUCUCAAUGGCUUCGUCGAUGCUGUCAUCAGGGACUACGUCAAAUGGUGGUACAGCCCGAUUCUCCCCACGGAUCGAUCGUUCCCCUUUUCCUGCAGAAAAGUCCUGACCUCCUUUCUCGUGUCCAUCGCCAACCACCUGGGCAAGAAGAGGCCGGCAGACAGCUUUUUAGACUUCCUGACCAACUCCUCCUCCAUGGUCAUCGUCUUCUUUUCCGAGCUCUCAGCUGCGUUCGCAGACCUUCCUCCCGACUCGAAGAUGACUGCCGCCGACGCGGUCUACGAUUACCUCGCCUCGAACCCCGACUCGAACCUGUCGCAUCUACUCAGCCAGAGACACCAAUCGUCCAAGUUCAAGGCCGUGUCCGAAGACCUGCUUGGCUUUCUUGACCGACCAACCUACGACUGCGAUCCAGCCCGGACAUUUUUACGAGAGAUCCUAGCUGGUGUCAUGCUCGAGAUGUCGCUCCAGACCUGCUCCAAAGCCGAGUGGAUCAAUGGCUGGAUCGUCUACCUUCUAGAGGCCGGAGAGCCAGAUUUCAACCAGGCCAUCGACGUUGGGAUGCAGACCGGCCCAGAUGCCAACAGUGCGGUCUUUGCUGACCUGGAUGGCAAUGUCGGGAACAUCGGUCUGACAAAGACCAGCCGCACUUCAGCAGAAACGGACAGGUCACGGCGCCGAGACUCCGGUCAGGGCCACAAGAAAAAGCUGAGCAAGGCAGACGAGGAGAUGGAAAAUGCAGUCGAGGAGAUGAAGCGCAUGAAUGACCUGAUCUUGCAAGAGCAAAAGCGGAGGUCAACAAAUCUCACACAGGCAAACUUGUCCACAGAGGCAGACGGAACGUGGAUGCUCUCGGUCUUGAGUCAAACUCGGUGUCCAAGACGCUCCCCACGGAGCCUGGAGCACCACUCCCCGGUGCCCAAGGUGUUGCCUCAGCACAGCCAGCAGGCCAGUUUCACCAACUUCGAGCAACUGGUGCCUCUCGCGCAAGAUGACUCAGAUCUCAGCGAUGCGGAGCAGAAGAAGCCAGCGUCGCUGACCUUGCAGAACGCAAAGAUCACCAUCUAUGAUGACAGCACGAACGACAAGAGUCGUAUCCGCUCGAAGCCAGCUUGGGACUACCUUAUCCAGAUUGAACCCAGUUCCUCGUAUUACUCUGGAUGGAUGAUUCCCAGACAGUAUACUGAUUUCGAGAAGCUGCAUGAGGUUCUCCGAAGAAUAGCGACCAUCUCAGGGAUCACAGCAUUCACAGAGCAGCACAAGGAGCUGCCAAACUUCAAAAUCCACACGCGGGAAUCUCUGCGGGGCGAGCUAGAGCGGUACCUGCGCGAUGCGUGCUGGUACAAGGCGCUCGCGGAGAGUGAGGGCAUGAAACGGUUUCUUGACAAGGAUCAAGGACACACUCGGCAGGAAUCCAAGACGGGGUUCCAGGCAGUCGAGAGCUUUGGGAAGAAUGUGUUUGGCGUCCUGGCGAAUGCGCCAAAGGGCGUUGCCGAGGGCGGAAAAGUUAUUACUGGCGUAUUCGGAAACAUGGGCCUAUCGAGGAAGACAACUUCGAGUUCUCUACCUGACACAAACGGUGCUACCAAGCGAUUUUCCCAGCCAACGCCACCAAGGAUAGACAGCACCCUGUCAUUGAACGGCUCCCGAAAACCGCGAGACAGUCUUGACAGCCAGCGGUCAUCUGUGAUUUCGGUGCAGCCUGGAAAAACGCCUCCCAUGGAGCGACGGCCAAGCCUUCAGAUCCCCGGCGACUCGGAUGCUGAGAACCGACCGGGCCGUGUGGAUCAUUGGGAUCGACCGUCGCCAAGUCCCAGAGACAGCAGGGCCAACAGCCGGGCAAACAGCCGGGCGUCCAGCCUGGCUGCCCUCCGCUCUCCACUACGAUCCCCGUCCACGCUGAGCCUUGAGGCGCUCAAGCUUCCGCCCCCACCUGACGCCAUGCCGGACGACUGGGGCUCGCCUGAGAGUCCCCUAAGGACACGGCCCAUCGAGAAUAGCACGCCGCAACGCACCCCGGUGAACAGUGAACACCAGGCCAAGAGGGCAACAAGCGACGGAGUAUCGCCAGUCGCCAAGCCCAAGAAGCAAUAUUCCCAGAUCUCGGAGCAGGAGACUCGCGUCGCCGUGGAGCUUGUCUUUGCCAUGAUUAACGAGCUUUACACGCUCUCCUCAGCAUGGAAUUUUAGGCGAGCACUCCUAGCCGCCGCCAAGUCGUUUCUGCUCCGGCCAGGCAAUCCCUCGCUGGUGUCCAUCCAAAAGAUGCUUCAAGAUUCUGUAAUCGAUACCAACUGUUCCGAUGCGGGCAUCGCUUCCCACCUGCGUAAGCUCAGGGAGAACACUAUGCCGACCGAGGAAGAGCUCAAGGCAUGGCCGCCCGAGCCGAGUAUGGAAGAAAAAGAGAAGCUUCGAGAAAAGGCCCGUGGUCUGCUGAUCCAGAGCGGUGUGCCUGCUGCUUUAUCCGGUGUUAUGGGACAGAACGCAACGAAUGAGGCUUUAGGCCGUAUCUUUGACUGUCUUCAGAUCGAGGAGGUGGCAAGAGGCUUGAUCUUCGGCAUUAUGCUUCAGGCUGUGAGGGUUCUCACGCACUAAUCGCAAUGUGCCUCCGGGUCUUGUAGAGAGAUGCCGUGCGAUGAGGCGAGCAAACGAUGACACGAUACCUAACGACAAAGACUUACGAUAUGGGCGUGUCAUGAAAUGAAGCAUUACCUACAUGGCUGGUUUACAGGCAUAAGGAUAUGUCUGAAACUUCGUGGCCGGCCACCCUACCUGCAUUAGGGACCAUUAUAAUCUAUUGGAAAUUUCGGCGCUCCGAAUCGCCGAGGUAUAGACCUUUGAUCCGAGUGUAUCAACAUGACAGCAUCUGGCAUGCAUAGUAUAUAUAAUAAUAGACAAUCUUUAAG